AUGUUGAAGAACAGUUGUUGCAAGCAAUCGUCAAGGCCAAGGUGGAUCAUCGACUCCACCUUCUUGAAGAACAGUUGUUGCCAACGUGUGGCGGCAGCUGGCGGCAGGCGGUGGCCGGUGGAGGAGCUAGGUUUUCCGACGAGAAAAUUUGGCCAAAUAUACUAUAGAUCGGUGUGCCCGGAAGUAUUUGGUGAAGAAUGCCCCAAGAAAUUUUUAAUUUUGAUUGAAGGUGGUGGUGGAAUGAAGGUUUUCCGAUUUUUCGGCGAGUUAGAGGGUGGCGGCGGAGCUAGCUGUUCCCGGUGGAGAAGUGGUGUUGUUUGGUCGGAAUUGGAUGGGGGUUAG